GUUGUGCUGGGAUAUACAGAGGAAGAAAAACCCUUCCUUUUCCCUUCAGCUCAUACGCCCGAUCUCACCGACCACCACCACCACCCAAGGAUAUCGUCGGCCAGCCGCGCCGGCGCCGGCGCCGCCGGCGAAAAAUCGCCCCUUCGCCACCACCCGCGAAGACCCACUUGAGUGAACGACGAAACAAGACCCCUCUCCUCUGGGUUUUGCCCUCUCAUCUCACCGUCCCCAGAUUCGCAAGCAGCGGCGAGCGCGCAGCGGCGACGGGACGGGCGCCGGAACACGCUCGGCCGCGCGCAGGUCUUCUUCCGGAGCCUUUUUUGUCAAUUUUCUUUUCCGACGAUGUAUGGGUUAAGCCGAAGGUUUUCGGCACUUGGAAGAGGGUUGCACACGGUGUCCAGUGAUGGCCCAUCCGACACCUUGAGGAGGAAGAUUGCUGAGUUGGAGAAGAUGAAGAAGAAGAGGAAUCCUAGGAAAAAUCAAGUAUUUGUUGAGGUUCCGGAGCCAAAAACAUUUCUUGAUACGGCAACUUGGCCGAUGAUCCUUGCCAGUGUUGGAAUUGCACUCUUUGCGAAGCUGCUCAUGAUGUAUGAUGAUUCCAGAUCCCAGGAAAUUAUUGAGCGGAAAAUAAAGCAUGCUCCUGCUGGUCAAGGCUCAGUUAGGAUGCUCAGUCGUGAAGAGUGGGAUGAAAUACGAGAAGUGAGGCCCAGGACUCCAUUUGAAUCCAAGCUCGCUCGACCAAAUGCUAGAAUAAGAACUGGAGAACCCUUGCGCAUGGAGGACUUGAAGGACUGGACAAUCGAUGUGAUUGCUGAUGCGCUUGCCCGAGUCGAAGAAAGCGUUCACAACCCUAAGUGAAUCGUGACUUUGGUUUAGUGUGUUUUCUGCAUCCCCUUUCAUUCAUAUAUCAUUUCUCACGAAAGUGGAUCAACACCUUGUCCUAUGCUUGAUCCACAAGUUGUGAGCGGUCUUCUGCCUGUGUUAAUACUAUUGAAACUUGGGGUUCUCGGCACUGGAAACUGGACUGGAGCACGAACAGCGCCAAAGGUCGGGUACAAAAGGGUGACUGAAAAACCAGCCUGGAUUUUUGUUUCACUUGGGUCACUUAUCAAUCCAUAAAGUUCAUGCAUAAGCUGAAUAAAGUACAUGGCGCAUUGCCCCUCGUUGCUGGGAGGCCGUUCUUCGUCUCAAGGAUAGUUCUGGUCGAUGGUUGGUUUUGUGUACGCGGUCUCGGAAGUCUUAAGAGAAUGCGAAUUUAUGUUAUGCAUCUUCUAGUUCUUCUUCUGCAAUGUUCAAGGCAACUACCCAAUAGUCGGUCUGUAGUGGCUGAGAAGAACAUGUCCAAAGGAAUCUCUUUCUAGCUUUCAUGGAUCAUCCUGUGAUUGGAAACUUCAUUCCAACUUGAAUCUCGUGUAAUUUGUUUUGGAGUAAUUACUCUCGGGAAGUUAGCCGUUCAUGGCCGUUUUUGGAUGGGAAUAAUACAUGAGACGGUCCAAAAGUAA